CUCAAACGCUCUUAAAACAUGACUCGUGUGCAAUUACAUUCAACGUGUCACCACCUAGAGUCAGCUGGUUUCUAAAUCCUCGUGGUUCAUCAUUUUGUCUGCAUGUAUAUUUAACUAUUUAAGCAAUAGUACGGUACCAUCCAAAGAGCCAUUAACAUGAAUAACGCAAUCAGAUUAACUCGAACGUAUCCACCAACUUUGCUUUCAGUACCUCUGCCACAACAGAAAGCGUCUGGAAUCAAAUUCAGGAAGAUCACAAGUAUGUCAACCCAACCUGAGAGUAAGCAGAACAGGGACGAGGUCCAGAAGGGUCUGAACCCAAAUCAGAAAACUGGGAACUUGAUGUCUCAUUCGUUUGGGGAUGGAUACGCCACCAGGUCAGAUGAGGAAGGAUUUGGUGGAAUAUAUGGAGAGAACCAGUCUUUUCAGAAGCCCCAGAAGGAUGAGCCUAUCCAUGAAAAUCACCCUGCUUAUGACAAGACACAAGGAAGCGAAGUGAAGGAGAAGGAAAAGGCAAGGCACCAGACUAAUGCAAAUUCGUAGAUACGGGCCAUACGGCAGGCCCCUUCUCACCCUUUGGGCCUUCGGCCAUGGUCAAUCAUGUAUGAGACCUGUUUAAUUUGUGGGGGCUUGUGUUCCCUCUAAUAAUUAACUACGUCGCUAUGUAUUAAUGUUCACCGGCGAAGAUUUGUUUUUGUCUUUGUUUUUCUUAAUAAAUUUUGACUUUUAUUUGUGGUCUAAA